UCUCUGCUGCCUGACGUUAGCAGCCAGCUCGUUGUGACAGCUAAACGCUUGACAGUCGUCAGUCAACUCAGCUUUCCACACGGUGACAUGCAUUAAUCCUGGAGCCAGUUUGUAUAGAUGCAAAAACAACGCUAAAUGUUAGCCAAACUCAGCGUGACCGUGUUUAUUGGGCUCUGGCAACUCUACAGUUGUUAGAUUAGCGUAUUAGCAUUGCUAAUUUACUAGCUAGCGGAUUCACACUUUGAUUUCUCCGGAUUGCCUCGUCUGUGAUUUGGCGUCAGACACUUUCUCCGCCGUGUUCAGGGUGACUGGAUUAAUCAGCCGCUCAUACCCACUUCUCAACCUGUGUGGAUUCAUUUUUACUAGGUGCCCAUGUGCUGGUUCCUUAGGCCCAUCCAUUACUGCAGAUGAAUCUUCAGCUGCUUUGGCGUAGCUCAGCACACAGAUAGUCCCAUCCCCUUUGCGUGGGUGAUAAGGGACUACAGCAACCAGGAUGCCCUCCUCUGUAAGGGCAGGGAGCCUGAAGGAUCCGGAGGUGGCUGAGCUUUUCUUCAAAGAAGACCCGGAGAAGCUUUUCUCUGACCUUCGAGAGAUUGGACAUGGCAGCUUUGGCGCCGUCUACUUUGCAAGGGAUGUGCGCACGAAUGAAGUUGUGGCAAUUAAAAAGAUGUCCUACAAUGGGAAACAGUCUAAUGAGAAAUGGCAGGACAUUAUAAAGGAGGUGAAGUUUCUCCAAAGGAUCCGGCAUCCUAACAGUAUAGAGUACAAAGGUUGUUACCUUCGUGAGCACACAGCAUGGCUGGUGAUGGAGUACUGUCUUGGCUCAGCCUCUGAUCUGCUAGAAGUUCAUAAAAAACCUCUACAAGAAGUAGAGAUUGCUGCCAUUACACACGGUGCUUUGCAGGGCCUGGCAUACCUUCAUUCCCACAACAUGAUCCACAGGGAUGUGAAGGCAGGUAACAUCCUGCUGACUGAGCCAGGGCUGGUCAAACUGGCAGACUUUGGCUCUGCCUCCAUUGCUUCGCCUGCCAACUCCUUUGUUGGAACACCAUAUUGGAUGGCCCCGGAGGUGAUUCUAGCUAUGGAUGAGGGCCAGUAUGAUGGAAAGGUAGAUGUCUGGUCGUUAGGGAUCACCUGUAUAGAAUUAGCGGAGAGGAAGCCUCCCUUGUUUAACAUGAAUGCAAUGAGUGCCUUAUACCACAUAGCGCAGAAUGAGAGCCCCACACUGCAAUCCAGUGAAUGGACGGAUUACUUUAGAAACUUUAUCGAUUCUUGCCUUCAGAAAAUCCCCCAGGACAGACCGCACUCUGACGACAUGCUGGGUCAUGCGUUUCUACAGCGUGAACGUCCAGACUCUGUGCUGAUGGAUCUUAUUCAGAGGACCAAGGAUGCAGUGCGAGAGCUGGACAACCUGCAAUACCGCAAGAUGAAGAAGAUCCUCCUUCAGGAGGCCCACAACGGACCCACAGCAGAGGCCCAGGAUGGAGAAGAGGAGUUGGAGCCAGGCGCAGGUCGGACAGGAACAGUGAACAGCGUGGGCAGUAAUCAGUCCAUCCCCAGCAUGUCGAUCAGCGCCAGCUCCCAGAGCAGCUCUGUCAACAGUUUGAACGAAGCGGCCCAGGACAGCCGCAGUGAGCUGGACCUGAUGGAGGGAGACCAUACAGUCAUGUCCAACAGCUCUGUCAUACACCUCAAACCGGAAGAAGAAGAGGAGAGUUUCUCUGGGGAGCAGGCAGCCAGCAGUCAACCCUCUGAGCCCGAGGAAACGCCAACUCAGGCCCCGAGGAAGCACUACCGUAACAGAGAGCAUUUUGCCACCAUACGCACAGCAUCACUAGUGACUCGAGAGAUGCAGGAACAUGAGCAGGACUCGGAGCUGCGGGAGCAAAUGUCAGGAUACAAACGCAUGAGGCGGCAACAUCAGAAGCACCUGAUGGCCCUGGAGAACAAGCUGAAAGGGGAGAUGGAUGAGCACAGGCUGAGGCUAGACAAAGAGCUGGAGAGUCAGAGAAACAACUUUACCCAAGAGAUGGACAAGCUGCUGAAAAAACACCAGGCCGCUCUGGAAAAAGACCUGAAGACGUUUACCAACGAUGAGAAGAAGUUCCAGCAGCACAUCCAGGUGCAGCAGAAGAAGGAGCUCAGCAGCUUCCUGGAGUCACAGAAGCGGGAGUACAAACUGCGCAAGGAGCAGCUCAAAGAGGAGCUGAGUGAGAACCAGUCCACUCCAAAGAAAGAGAAGCAGGAGUGGCUGUCCAAGCAGAAAGAGAACAUCCAGCACUUCCAGGCGGAGGAGGAGGCUAACCUGCUGAGGAGACAGAGGCAGUACCUGGAGUUAGAGUGUCGGCGGUUUAAACGCAGGAUCCUCAUUGCCAGACACAAUGUCGAGCAGGAUCUGGCCAGAGAGGAGCUGAACAAACGGCAGACACAAAAGGACCUGGAGCAUGCCAUGCUGCUCAGGCAUCAUGAGUCAAUGCAGGAGCUGGAGUUCCGGCACCUGGGGACGAUCCAGAAGGCGCGGGCAGAGCUGAUACGAACCCAGCACCAGACAGAGCUCACCAACCAGCUGGAGUACAAUAAGAGGAGGGAGAGGGAGCUGAGGCGCAAGCAUGUCAUGGAGGUCCGACAACAGCCCAAGAGCCUCAAGUCUAAGGAACUUCAGAUUAAGAAGCAGUUCCAGGACACUUGUAAAACUCAGACCAGGCAGUACAAGGCUCUCAGGAACCACCUGCUGGAGACCACACCCAAGUCUGAUCACAAGGCUGUGCUCAAGAGGCUGAAGGAAGAGCAGACCAGGAAGCUGGCCAUCCUGGCUGAGCAGUACGACCACUCCAUCAAUGAAAUGCUCUCCACACAGGCUCUGCGGUUAGAUGAAGCUCAGGAGGGGGAGUGUCAGGUUCUGAGGAUGCAGCUGCAGCAGGAGCUGGAGCUGCUCAAUGCUUACCAGAGCAAGAUCAAGAUGCAAACCGACGCCCAGCACGACAAGGAAAGGAGGGAGCUGGAGCAGAGGGUCUCACUGCGAAGGGCUCUGCUGGAACAGAAAAUUGAGGAGGAAAUGCUCGCCCUGCAGAACGAGCGCUUGGAGCGAAUCCGCUCCCUGCUGGAGCGCCAGGCCCGAGAGAUCGAGGCUUUUGACUCGGAGUCCAUGCGGCUGGGCUUCAGCAACAUGGUGCUCACCAACCUGGCUCAUGAUUCCCCGGGAGGCUGGGGCGGGGGGGGAGGCGGAGGCCAGGGGGCUCAGGGAGGAGGCCACUGGCCUGGAGGAAACGGAGGUGGAGGCCAUCAUAGUCAUCACCACCAGGGGGGCUCCAGCUCGCAGCAGCCCUGGGGUCACCCCAUGCUGGCUGGGGGCCCGCCACCCUGGAGCCUCCACCACCCUGGAGGAGGCGGUCAGAGGGGGAGCGGGGGAGGUGCAGGAGGGGUGAGGAACAGCCCGCAGGCUAUGAGGAGGACGUCAUCAGGGGGGAGGAGUGAACAGGGCAUGAGCAGGAGCGCCAGCAUCACCUCUCAAAUCUCCAACGGAUCCCACCUGUCGUACACCUAGAAAACACACACACACACACACACACACACACACACACAUACACACACACAUACACAUACACAUACACUACCAACACAAUAUUUGUCUUAUCAUUAAAUCCUCGUGCACCGAGGUCACACUGUUCACAGACACACACCGUGCAUGCACCACACAUGCUUUACAUAGACUUGUUAUUUCCCACAGUACAUCUGAAACACACUGCACAGUACUGAAGCCGGGUUUUCCUCAGCCCAGUUCCUCGCCCAUCACCACUGCUCUCUCACAUCAGUGUACUAGCAGGAGUCUGUGGAAACCCAAAAGCCCCGACACAAAUCCAAGAUGGCUGAGCACCAUGUACAGUAUGCCACAGUGCAGUAGUUUUUUGUUUUUUUUUACUAUAGCCUAAAGUGGUAUUUUAUGUGUUUUAUUUUUGCCAUUUUAGUCUCUGUUGCCAUAGAUCCAGAGUACUAUUGUUUAUUUGCAGUUGUUUGCAGUUUGCUUUUCAUAAGCAUUUUGGGCAAAUCUGAUUGCUCUGAUAUUGUGGUUGCACAGUGACAUUUCACAUUCAGUGGGCAGUUUUUAAAUUAAUUUUAGGAAAUUUGUCCGUGUGCAAAUGAUGAAGGCCCCGCAAACCAUUCACAGCUGAAGAUUUAAGUACAGACAAACGACUUACUGAAAGUUCAAAGUUUAAAGAGAUUAUUUCUUUUUGUGCAGUCGCAGGAAAAUCAGAAGGCGGGAGGUAAUGUAGGGCUCUAACUUAAGACUGAAUGAAUGAUGGACAGUUUCAGAACAUGCUGAACAGGUCUAGAGGGAAUAUUAAAAGAGAAAGUGCAAAAGUUGUUGUAAGUGAGUACCAGCGGGUAUCUGACAAGUGUAAGUGUUAUUGUGUACUGUGAGCGAUGCCUCAAAUAUGCCAAUAUGUAAGGGUGCAGAGUCCGAUUUUGUCAUUAUUCUUGCCAACAUAUUGUUAUGUAUUUAAAGAGAUUGUGCCAGAGACAUCAGUGGAAGUUCAGCUAAUACUUUUGAGGCCAAGUACGUUCAUGUGUUGCUGGAUCGGAGGAGAAAAGCAGUCAUUUUAGUGUAUGCUCCUCCUCAUCAUCGGCUCAGCUCUUGGGUUUCCACAGGCCUUUGCUGUCACUCACACCUGCCCCGCUGGACGGACAGAGCGAGGGAUGCUUCUGCCCGACCAGUCCGCAGCCCUCGUGUGACAGGGAUGGGUUUUCAGCAGCACUAACCUCUACUUGAAAAGUUUCAGACCUGGUGUUCAGUCUUCACUUGUUUGCAGUAAUUUAUUGAUCUAAUCUGGCACUGUGUCGGUGAAAGUGACGCACUAUGCAGUAGAAAACUUUCUCUGACGUAUCGGAUCAUGCCUGUUGGCCUACCUCAAGAAGGCGCUUCACCAAGGAGUGUUGAGAUCCCCAAUGAAAAUGUUUAUUAGACAUAUUUACGCACACACACAUAACAAUCGUACAAUAGUUUUUCUUGAUUUAAAUUCCUAGUCAAACAGUAUGUCCCUUUGCACACUUUGCUGAUGAAUGCAUGUACCAGGGUAAAUUUUGUGAAAGUUGGACGUUAGGUGUAGGUGUAAAAACAAAAAGAAAACAAGAAAUCUGAAUUUUUGAAAACUAGCGUAUUUAUCAGUUGUUAACUGAGCUGGCUGUAAAUGAGCCUCACACUCAGCAGCAGGCAGCAGUAAGUUCAAAAACUUAGUAUUUGUGUCAGGGCAACUCUUCAGGCAGCUUUAACCAUCACAGCUGCCUCAAAACGUCCCUGUGUUUGUGAUUUAAAAAAAGAAAAAAGAAAUAGAAGUGUCUUGAGUCAAAGUGAAUGAACACGCAGCGUGAGGAGGAGCUUCACAAGCCCUCUGCUGGUUGGUGACUGCUGAAUGUCUCGGUGGGUGAAUGGGCGGUGAUGCUGUGAUCUCCGCUGCCAUGCCCCUGCAACCUUCCCUGGUCUGACACCCCGCUCUGUCUCACCCCUCGUGACCCCAGUGUCGUGUUCUGACCACCGAUCUCCCUGCUUCCCUUCCACCGCCGUUUCCUCCCCUCCUGAGCCUCGGUGUGGUCUCAGCCCCCUCCCCCCAUCUAUUUGGGAAGAGCUCUUCAACCAAGUGAUAGAAAAGAAGAAAAUCUAUAUACCAAUAUAUGUAUUAUUAUAUAAAUCUAUUAAAAAAAGGAUUAUAGAGGAGGAAGUCUUAUAGCAAAAUGCAGAGUUUAUGCAUUAUGAUUUUUCAGAGGUGGAAUGUACAGGAACUCUGUUAAUAUUGUAUAUUUUGAAUUAGAAAAUAUGGAAAUCUAAUUGACAAAACAAAGACAAAUUAACUUGUCGUGAUGCGAACACAGUGACGUGUUGUAGACCAGUGCAGCAGCGUUCCAAUGAACGUUUUGAUUUACAGACGCUGGCUUUUUACUCUCGUAACUUGCAACUUGCAACUGUUGUGAACGGUAACACAACUCUAGGUCAGAUUGCCUCGAGCAAAUGGCAACAUUUUGUUUUAAUGCUGAAUAAGAAUGAUUUUGCACAUAAUUUGAAAUCUAGAUAGGUUUAGCCUUUGCUUUAGCAUUGGCUGUAUUUUACUGACAUUAUGAUACCCAAUAUAGAAGAUUCAGUCUGUGCAUUUAGGUUUUUCAUGGUUAUUAGAAGACUCUCAGGCCUAAAGUCAAGGUUAUAAUAACUUAGAAAAAGAAAGAAUUGUCUUUUUAAAGAUGUAGAAAAUCAGAAAAGUUAUUGAAUUCUAAAAUAUUUGGCUGUACAAACAAUAUUUAGUUUCACAACCAGAAAUUGACUCAAAAUUCUUGCACAAGACUGAAAAUGUAUCUCUGAUCUACAAAAGUUUACUCAGAGGUUUUCUGGGGUGAACCCUCUUUUGUUUUGGUCACACACAAAAAUAUUUUUUACUCUUCACUUAAGUAUAGUUUUUUUUAAUAAAUCUUACCACCUACCAUUCAGAAUAGUUUUUCGUUGGCUCUGUUCUGAAAAAAAAAACAGACAAUGUGGUGGUCUCACUUAUCUGUGCCCAAAAUCCUUUAUCCACCAUUUUUCCAAUUCUCUAUUGUUUUAUUUCCUUUAAUGCCAGAAAGGGCCAUUUUAUUAUCCAAAUGAUAUCUGCAGAGGGCCAAAACGAAUGGCUUUUAGUCCAUCUCUUUUGUUUACUAGAAACCCCCAGGUGUUUUUGCGAGGCAGUCAGGGCAGAGUCUAGCUUUAGACAUUGGUCACUGAACUGGAUCAUUUGCACUGAUUGCACAAGUGAUUGACCAGAUUAAAGAGUCUACUGUGAUCCCCCUCAGUGUGCUGAGGGGCGGCUGCCAUUGGCUGACAGAAAGCGGGAGGCAGGGUUACGUCUCUGUACAGUCUGUUUAUCAGUAUUCCUUUUAUCUCUCCUGUCAUUUGGUGGGUCUUGCUGUUUUUUCUCCCUGGUCCAGAGACCUGUAUUAAACUGUAUUAAAUUGUAUAGAUUGUGCAAAAAGCUGAAUGUCGCAUAGCAGAAGAGAAAAAGCUAUUCCUUACAGAUGAAAAAGUGAUUUAAAAUGUAUAAAAGAAAUUCAGAAACAAAGUUUAGGGGAUAAAUGUAAUAUUUUGUUUGUAAUUACUAUUUUUUGUUGGAAGAGGGCUACUGGAUAAAGAAUCAUCUGUAAUAAAGUAAUUUUAAUAUUU